AUGGUAGUUGUACUCGCAGACGCCAACGAAGAGGCCUUGCGUUCAGUUGCGGCCAAGCUACCUGGCAAAAAUGUCGAAAUCCGAACGGUGAACCUUUCCAAUCCCGAUGAGCUGCGCAGCAGUAUCAGCGACGCUGCCCUAGUCGUUCAGGGUGCACAGCCGUACUAUCGGUUUUCACUACCUGUGCUCACUGCCUGCAUCGACGCAAAGGUACCCUACCUUGACUAUUCCGACGAUGUACAAAGCACGCUUAAGUCACUCGGCCUCCACGAGAGGGCCAAAAAGGAAGGAGUUCCGUGCUAUAUAAACUGCGGUAUCUCGCCGGGUAUGACAAACAUUCUUGCAACUGAAAUUAAUCAAGAGCUUGAUACCGUUGAGUCUCUGGAUAUUUGCUGGCUAGUCAGCGACGAGAGCGGAAAAUUAGGUAGAGAGGUUUUGGAGCAUCUGAUGCAUAUAACUGCUGGACCUUGCUUGACCUGGGCGGAUGGUAAGGCAGCAGUCCAUGAGAACUGGAUCGAGACCUCCUAUGCCCCCUUUUCUCCGGGGUUCAACGACCUUUUCUACGAGAGCGUUCACCCGGAGCCUGUUACCUUGCCUCGUCGAUUCCCAAAGGUGAAUCGAAUUCGGGUUCUCGGGGCUCUCAAUCCUGCGCCAUUCAACGGCUUUGCCCGUGGACUUGGUGCUGCGGUCAGCUCUGGUGCCCUAACUAUGGAUGCCGCUAUCGACUUCCUAGAAAGUAUGCAAAGCCAAUCAUCAGCGAGCUGGAGCGAUUUGCUAAAAGCAGCCGUGGCGCAACUUCGGGGUGGCGAAAUUACACUCAACCAACUAUACGAGCUCGCUUCCCACGGUAUUUCAUCAUUGAAACCGUGGAACCAUGCUCUCUGUGGUAUGAUCGAACAGGUACGCAAUGGUGGCUGCACAACUGGCGAGGUUAUCAGCUUUUUGAUCAACUCCGCACGCGGCAAGCAGGCACCGCCUCGCGGUGGUGUUCUUGUGCGCGGUGUUGGAACCCGUAAUGGACACCCUGUCGUAGUCAUUCGACGAACUCCUACUGUUCAGGAGGAUUCCUUCCUAGGGGGAGGUAUGGCAACUUCAAUCGGAGCAUCCUGUGCGGCUCUCGCACUUUUGGCGCUUGAGAAGGGGACUGAAGCACGCUCGGGUGUCUAUUGCCCGGAGGACUGGGCUGAGUCAGAGGCCUUGUUUAAGGCAAUUGAGAAACUUGGCUGCCCACGGGAUCAGAUUAUAGAGUCAGUGUCGGCAUAG